AUUUUCAUGAGGUCAUCAGCACGCGCCCAUUUCAUACAGCGAUCUAGGAUUUUACUGUGAAUGUGCACAAUACUGCUCGAUCAUAGCUAGGCUGAAAAAUAGACUUUAUCUUCUCUAAACAAAGCAACGUUAAAGUAAUAUUAAAAACGCUGAGUAGGAAUGGACUCUACUGAGGAAAACAGUGCUUCCAAUUCAGAGGAAAAAAGUAACGUGAGUAUGUCUGCUGCACAAAGGAGAGCUGAAAUUCGCAGACGAAAACUGCUAAAGAAUCCCGAAGAGAGGCUAAAUAGGAUAGUGGGAUAUACUAACAAAGACGGAGAAACCAGUCAAUCACCCAAGCGUGUGGUAGAGCCACGGUUCCACCUGGACCUGGACGGAAGCCAGUCCUCCUGGACCUCCCCUCUUGUCACCACUAAAAGACUCUCCCCGUUUGUGUCUGACCCCAACGACACCCCGGAGCGAAGAGGCUCUCCCCUUCCCGAUACGAGCGAUGAUCUGAGCAGCGGCGCACUACUGGACGACGACCUGGUCGGAGUCGUCAGACAGCGGCCGCGGGGAGAGCUGGCUGCGGACGACCAUCCCCGUGGAUCCCCUCACAAGGGUUUUCAGAAGUAUCUGUCUCGCUUUGACGAUGCCAUGAAGCUCAAGGGUCAACUGGCUAGUGAGAAAGCUGCCCAGGAGAGCAGCUCAGACACAGAGGAGCUGGACUCCUUCAGGCUCUUUCGUCUUGUUGGGAGUGUUCUCCUGGCAGUGUUUGUCAGAGUCUUUGCAUGCAAAUACUUGUCCAUAUUUGCACCAUUCCUCACUCUGGAGCUGGCAUACAUGGGGUUGCACAAAUAUUUUCCAAAGGUGGAGAAGAAGGCCAAGACCACCGUGCUGACGGCUGCUCUCCUGCUGUCCGGUAUCCCGGCUGAGGUCAUCAAUCGCUCCAUGGACACGUACAGGAAGAUGGGAGACGUGUUCGCUGACCUCUGCGUCUACUUCUUCACCUUCAUCCUCAGUCAUGAGCUCCUGCUCCUGUUUGGUUCAGAGAUGCCUGUGGAAUCUUAGGCCUGUGUGUGUGUCUGUCUAUCUGUGUGUGUGGGUGGGUGGUCAGUAAUGCCUGAGGGAUCUUGGGCGUGUGUGGUGUGUGUGUGUGUGGGGCCAGUGCUAUUGGUUGAGGCCAGCCCUGGGUGUCCCCUACCCUGCUCUGCCCUGCCCCUUCUUUCCAAUGUUACCUGUCUUUUCAGUGGACUGCUGUUACUGGAGAUGGGACCACGACCACAAAAUAUCACUGUCCCGACUGAUGCUAAACUCUUAGAAUUUUCUGUUAAGGAGAAUUACACAUAAACACAUAGCCCAAAGUUGUGCACUACACCUCAACCAUAUUAUUUUCAGGUUAUUUGAUGUGUUUCAAUGUGAUCAAUGCUUUGUCCCCUGCCCCCCCUCAUGUCCUCUGCCCAUAUAUCAAGUUCUUGUUGGAUGUGGCUUACGUUAUAUUUUCUAUGACAUUGUCUGGUACUUGAGUGCCUACUGAAUGUGCAACGACCAUCUCAAGUAUUCAGUUGAAUACAUUGGAUCCUUUCACUUCAGGGCGGCGUGACCUUUCCCUAACAGAACUCUCGUGUCGAUGGAUUGCUAAUGUAUUUGUGCUGAGCAGGCCAUGGGGAUUUGGACUGUCCCUGAUUGUACUGUGUGACUGCCUAUCUAAUCCCUCCUCAGGCAUGCUCAACCAAUCGCAUGCUCUGUCAGUGUCUAAUUCAGUCAUGACCUAAAUUAAAUUAUUUAAUUUCGCGUCUGCGAGUACAGCAUACUUGUGUUUUUUUUCUUGAUUGUUUUGAUAAGGUGUAUGUAUGCCAUAACUUAUGUAUUGUAUUUAACAUCAAUAUGGAAUUAGUGCAAAAUGAUUAAUAUUGCUACUGGUAUGUUCUGCAAAUAAAUCCCAAAAUUACAAAAUUA